UGGUUCCCCGAGGCGCAGUUUGGCUGCGCCAAGGGGGUCAUCCGUACCAGGGUUGGGUACACAGGUGGGACCAAAAAGUCCCCAACCUACCACAGCCUUGGUGAUCACACGGAAACUAUUCAAAUUGAGUUUGACCCGAAGCAGACCAGCUACGAAACCCUUCUCACCAUCUUCUGGAACAGCCACAACAGUACAGCGUGCACCAGCCGCCAGUACAUGUCGGCCAUCUUCUACCACGGGGACGACCAGAAGCGGCUAGCCGAGAAGACCAAGGAGGAGCAUCAGAAGAAAGUCACCCGCCAAAUCCAGACUCGCAUCAAGUUUGCCGAAACCUUUUACGACGCGGAGGACUACCACCAGAAGUACAUGUUGCGCCACCACCAGGGCCUGCUGAAGAGCCUGAACCUGAGCUCCAAGGAGAUGAUCACCUCGCACGCGGCCGCCCGCCUCAAUGGCUACCUGGGAGGCUUCGGCAUGCUCAAGAACCUGGAGCUGGAGAUUGAAGAGCUGGGACUGAAUGAGGAACAGAAGGAGUACGUCCGCAAGAAGGUCAGGAUGGGAGGUCACAAUUAGGGAGAAAUAUGGUUGCAGAAGUGGGAUAGCACAGAGAGGUCGCCAGGGACUAUGUGAACAGAGGUGGACUGUUUUAAUGUGACUUUUAGCAUUUUCACCCAAACAUUUACCUCUGAAGUAUUAGGUAAUGAACAGUUUUGUAGUAGAAAUGAAAAUCAGUUAAUCCUUCAAAUAUUAAUUGGAAACUUUUGUAAUUUUUUCCAGAUUCCUUGCCUGUCAUGAAAGUUGUAACAUGGAAUGUGAAUCCCUCUAUUAACGUGUACUUCAAAAACGGCACUGGUUGUUGGAUAAAUAUCCAUUGACUUUGGCAGGCCCAUCUCAAUGUUGAUUUAACUUGGUUUGAAACUACCGUUUUCUGACCUCAGAAAUUGCAACAGUUUGAUUUGAUGUGGGAAACUGGGUCACAGUCUAGAUCAGGACUUACAACCUAAACUCUUCGCAGAACAAAGCAAAAUAAGGCCACCCUUGUUGAUAGGCAAGAAUUGUUUAAAGACCAGAAAGAUUUAGCUGUGGGAAGUCCGUGACAUUUCACUGCUUAGCCCUUAC